AUGACUGUCAUGAUGGUUGACGCAGUGCUUCCUGGCUGGACUCCGAUAGAGGAUUUGAAAGACAAGCACGUGGUAGACAUCGCAAAUUUUGCCAUUACAGAGUACAACAAGGAAGCCCAAGCCAAACUGGAACUUGAUUGUGUCGUUAAAGGCGAUUCCCUGCAGGUCAAAACGGGCGCGUUAUAUCGGCUUGUUUUGGCAGUGAAAGAAGAGCCUGAUAAGAAGUAUGUGACUGGUGUGUAUGAGAGUUUGAAUAAUUUUAAGACUCUGGUUUACUUUGACCCUGAUGAGGUGAAUUAA